AACAGCUUCAGGGAGCAGAACAGAGGUCUCUGGUUUGGAGAGUGAAUCCUGAUCUUCAAAUAGCUGAAACUCCAGAACAAGUGAAUAGACAUUUUUUUCCUUGGAAGAAUGGGGUCCCAUUUACUUGAAGUUCCUGAGAGAGCUCCUGAUCCUAGACUGUAGCCACAGGGCCAUACCGAGGCCAGGCAGAGAUCAGUGAACAAGAGGAGUCUCAGUUCAGAACAGGUAGGAAGGAACAAGGAACAGCUGCGAUGGCUUCAGGAGUCCUGGUGAACAUAAAGGAGGUGAUGACCUGCCCCAUCUGCUUGGAGCUCCUAACAGAACCCAUGAGCCUGGACUGUGGGCACAGCUUCUGCCAAGCCUGCAUCACUGCAAACAAUGGGGAGUCCGUCAUCAGCCAAGGAGAGAGCAGCUGCCCUGUGUGCAGGAUCAGAUACCAGCCUGGGAACCUGCGGCCUAGUCUGCAUUUGGCUAACAUAGUGGAGGUGCUCAAGGAGGUCAAGGUGAGCCCAGAGGAGGAGCAAAAGAGUGAUCUCUGUGUGCACCAUGGAGAGAAACUCCUGCUCUUCUGCAAGGAGGAUGGGAAGAUCAUCUGCUGGCUUUGUGAGCGGUCUCAGGAGCACCGUGGUCACCACACAUUCCUCAUGGAGGAGAUUGCCCAGGAGUACCAGGAGAAGAUCCAGAGAGCUCUGGCCAGUCUGAUUGCAAAGCAGCAGAAAGCUGAAAAAUUGGGAGCUUACCUUGAAGAGGAAACAACUUCCUGGAAGAAUCUAAUAGAAAAUGAAAGCCAAAGUAUCCAGGAUUAUUAUAAAGAACUGAGAGGUAUCCUGGACCAUGAGGAAGAGAAGGAGCUGCAAAGGCUGGAGACAGAGGAGAGAAGUGUUCUCAGUUACCUGGCCCAGGGUGGCAGUGAGCUCACCCAGCAGAGCCAGUUGUUGAGAGAUCUCAUCUGGGAUCUGCAGUGUCGGUUGCAGGGGUCAACAGCAGAGAUGCUGCAGGAUGUGAAUGGCAUCCUGAAAAGGAGUGAGACCUUCACUCUGAGGAAGCUAGAAACUCUUUCCAAGAAACAAAGAAGAGUGUUCCAAGUUCCUGAUCUGAGAGGGAUGCUGCAAGUGUUUAAUGAACUAACAGAGGUGCGCCGCUACUGGGCAAAUAUGACCCUGGAUCAUCAGAGGGCUAAUUCAAAUAUUUCUACUAAUGCAUAUAAGAGAGAAGUGAGAAGUGACUUCUUUGACUGUUAUCAAAAAGCACAUUAUCCAUAUAAGAGAGAAGAAGAUGAGGAUAAUGGUGUCCUGGGAUUACCGCCUAUUACAUCAGGGAAGCAUUACUGGGAGGUAGACGUGUCACAGACACAUGCCUGGAUUUUGGGGGUAUGUAAGAAGAAAAUUUACCCCAAUAGGGUGAAUUUUAGAAAACAAGAUAAAAAUCAUCAGCCUGUUUGCUCUCAGUAUCAACCUAAAAAUGGUUACUGGGUUAUAGGGUUACAGAAUGAGUCUGAAUAUAAGGCUUUUGUGGAUUCUCCCUCCUCCGAACCCUCAUCCUUACCCCUGUUCCUGAAGGUUCCUCCCCGUCGUAUUGGAGUUUUCCUAGACUAUAAUACUUCUAAUAUCUCAUUUUUGAAUAUCACAAACCAUGGGUUUCUCAUCUAUAAAUUCUCUUCAUGUUUGUUUAAUAAUGAAGUGUAUCCAUAUUUCAAUUUUAUGAAUUGUCCUGGCUCCCUGAAACUGUGUUCUCCAAGCUCUUAAACCUCUCAUACCUUCACCCACUUCUGUGUAGUAGAGCCUCUUUCCUUGAAUGAAUCUAACAAACUGAGUUUUUCUGCAUCACUGUCACCAUCUUAUCUUUGUUGCUACUUUUCUUCUGAUUUGAAUACCCUUCCAUCAUCAGUAGGGUAUACAAUUUGCCACAUGUUAUAUUUAUCCCAAUAUCUUACUUUUAUUAAUAAAGAAUCAUGAUUAAUCAUUUUUAUAAUUCUAAGGAAAAUGACUAAUGCUUCAUAAAAAAAAAUGACAUGCAUAUUGGUAACAUCUCUACCAAUUUUUAAAAUCUCAUAUCCUCUGCCUCUGAUGGAGAAGAUGAUAGAAAGCUUUUUAACAGCUUUUGUACAUUAUUAAAAACCCUGUAUAGGAGUCAUUCACUUCAGAAUGAGUCCUCAGGUGUGUGUCAAUUUACCCCAUGAUGUUCUUUAUUCAUCAAAAAGUGGAGAAAAUAUUAUAAAUAAUAUGUACCAAGAGUGAAAGCUUUGUGUCCAGAGUGUCUGAAUUCAAAUCCAGUCUCUUCACAUAUGCACAGUGAACCAUAAAUAAAAUACUUGAAUGCUGAUUUUAUUUUCUUUAAAUAGUCCUGGUAAUAAAAUCCACCAUAGUUAGAAUCAUUGUGAGAAGCAAAAUGUCAUUAAGUGUAUAACAUGUAAGUGUCUCAACUGAAUAAACAUUUUUCCUAUUCAUUACUGAGAAAUAUAAA